GUGGCAACGCUGUGUGCUGCAGUGGUAAACAAAUUAUAAUGUGCAAACACAACAGAUCUAAACAAAACGAGAUCUAAUUAAUAACGUUGAAUGGAACAAAAUGUUUACGACGAUUGCUGGCAGCUGCUUCAGCGUUUUGGACGCGCUGCCGAAGUCUCUAAGGAAGCCAAAUUUGAACUGUUUUGUCAGACAUGGCAUGAGUUGCAAAUGCAACACAUCUACUCAGCGCAAACCAAUCAUAUCGAGGUAAUUGAGACAACCAUGGCGGCGCUGCACGUGGCCAAACGUGUGGCAUGUGGUCGCCGAACCAACGGUGAACCAUUCCAGGCGACUCGCGCCCAACGCAUUGGCGCCAUCUACUUGCUGUAUGCCAUCUACAACAAGCAGCCCACCAAGUGCUUUGUCAAGAUUGAGGUGUCACCUCGCACUUGGCAAUCUUUAACCGGCUAUGUGGAGCAACUGCGCCUCAACAGCGCCGAGCAAUGCGACACCCAGCAAGUGAGCUAUAUAUUCUGGCAAUUGGUCCAAGACUAUGCGUUUCGCUUCACGGCUCUAGAUUACUGUCAGGCUCUGGAUGCGUUGGCCGCUUACGACAGCUUGGAGAGCUUUGCGGAAGCCAAACAGCAGAAGAGUAAUACAACUGCAGUUUUGCAACAGCGGCGAAAACCAAGCGCCUGCAAUCUUGGCGAGGAGCUGCAUGGGCUAGCCGAGCUGGUCGCCAACUGCAAGCCUCUUUGCCAGCUUGAGGCGGCAUACAACAAGCAGAUGGAGCCGCACCGCUCAUCUUUUCCUGCGACAAACAUUUUCAGUCAGCUGCAAAUUGUUUUCUAUGAGAUCAACGAUCUAUUAGCGGACAAGGAGCCUGCGACCUCAUCAGGGACAAAUGACCAGAUGGAAGUGAGAAAACGCGCCCGCCAAAAGGCAAUGUUUGGCGAAUUGAAAGAAAAGCUGCCAACAGAAGAGGUAGUUGAGCAGCCGAUGUCUGAAGCACGCGAUCCACACGAGCGACGCAUGUCCUCAGCGACGAUUUUUGGGCGUAAACUGCCAGAUGAUGUGAUUAGAGAUUUGGAAUGCUAAAUGCAUUUAAAAUGUAAACUAGUUCUAUGGACCAAAUUUAAAAAUUAAAUUUAAUUGUAAAUGUAAUAAUAUUUGAGCGUAGUUCGUAUUAGAAAAUACAGCCCUUAAACUAA